UUACGAGCUGUCACCGGUACCCCGCGCUCUCUCCCUGCUGGCCCCAGAUGAGGGAACUUAGAAAAAAUGAAUUGAUUUGCUACAUCUCCAGCAAGUGUCAGAGCUGCAACCAGGUCUCCUGAAUCCGGGCCCUGCACUUCUUCCCACUCUCACAGCCUCUUCAGUUGGGGAGACAGAACUAACAGGUUCUACAGAUGCCAUGACUCAGCAGUCCCAGGAUGAGUUUGACAGCAGUGUAGAAAGUGCCCAGGAGUGGAUGAAGGCUGUCCAGGAACGACUACGAGUUAAUGACAACACACAAGGUCCCCGAGCAGCCCUGGAAGCCAGACUGAGAGAGACAGAGAAAAUAUGUCACCUGGAACCAGAGGGACAAAUGAAGAUGGACCUGGUCCUGAAAUCAGCAGAAGCUCUCCUCAGCUGUUGCAGUGAGGAGCAGAAGCACAAGAUCCUGGCCAGGCUGAAGGACAUCAAAGCCCAAUGGGAAGAAACGGUCAUCUAUAUCACUCACUGUCACAGCCGGAUUGAGUGGGUGUGGCUGCACUGGAGUGAAUACUUGCUGGCCCAGGAUGAAUUCUACCGAUGGUUCCAAAAGAUUAAGAUGACCUUGGAGACCAGUGUGGAGCUGCAGGUGGGAUUAAAAGAAAAACAAUGGCAACUUAGUCACUCUCAAGUCCUGCUCAAUAACAUCCUGAACCAGUCUAUCCUCUUGGACAGGCUGUUAGAGGAAGCAGCCUCCUUGUUCAACAGGAUAGGAGACCCCAGUGUAGAUGAAGAUGUCCAGAACAGGAUGAAGCAAGAGUAUGAAAAGAUAAAGGCCCAAGGACAGGAAAGAGUCAGCCUCCUUGAGAAGAUAACCAAGGAACAUGAGCAAUACAAGGAAAAUGUGGACCAAUUUCACCUGUGGCUAAACGAGGUGAUGGAAAAAGUAAACACCUCUCUAGGAAAAAGAUGCAAAUUUUCUCCUAAGCACCAGCUCAAAACUUUACAGAAUUUCACUAAAGAUUUCCAGAGUGGUGAGAAAUCAUUAAAGAAGCUCGAGCAUCAGUCCGCCGCCGUUAUCCAGAACACCUCUCCUGUGGGAGGAGAGAAGAUUACUAAUGAGCUGGAAGAGCUAAGGAAAAUCCUGGACAAGCUGAAAGGUUUUUGCAAGGAGGAAGAGGAGAGGAUCCUGAAGAAGCUGAAGUCAGAGGGGGCCUAUGAGGUACAGGUCGCACAGCUGGAAGCUGAGCUCAGAGAAUUCAGGAAGGAGCUCCUGAGACUGGUUGAGGGUCUGGAACCUGGGGAGAAAACGAGGAAUGAAGCCGAGUUGAUAGCUCACUGGAGGACUUACUCUACCACCAGAUCAGCUCUGGCAGCAGAAGAACCUAAAGCUGAAAGACUAAAGUCUCAGCUAAAGGAACUCGUCCGGUUUGACCAUGAUCUGCAACCCCUCUCGGACAGUGUUGUGACUACCUUACAAGAGUUCCAAAGGGCUAAAGAAUAUUCCUCUAAACUGAGAAAUCGUUCUGGGACAGACCUGUGGCAGCACUUUCAGCACCCAAUUCAAGAGUUCCAGCUGUGGAAGGCAUUGACCCAGAAUCUCUUGGCUGUCACCAACAGCCUUCCUGAUCUCCCGUCUAUACAUACCUUUGUGCCACAGAUCGAGGCAGCCCUGGCUGAAAGCUCACGCCUGAAGGAACAAUUGAUCAUGUUAAAACUGAAGAAGGAUUUGUUGAUCAGCGUAUUUGGUGAGGAACGGGCACAGUCUUUCCUAGAAGAGGUGGACAACACUAUCAGGGAAAGAGACCCGCUUCAUAACAGUCUCUUACAAAGAAACAGCAAGUUACAAAGUGCAAUAUCUCAGCACCAUGACUUUGAUACUGCAUUUGAACCACUGCAAAAGAAGUUAGCAGAUCUCCACAUCAGAGCAGAAGCAGAAAAGGAGUUUCAGUGUGACCUCCCUAGUAAGCAGGACCAACUCCAGCGCUUGCAGCACCUCCAGGAAGGCUUGCAAGAGCUUGAAGUUCAGAUUGAAGACCUGAAGCCCCUCAUUCAGACGAAUCCCAGACACCAACAUAAAAUCAGUCAAUUUUUAUCUGAUUACCAGACCUUAAAGAGGUCUUUGGAGAUAACCAUGGAACAAAGGCAGCAGCAAGUUCAGGAGCAUUGGACAUUCAACCACAAACUGUGGGAGCUCCAGCAGUGGAUUGGGAUGGCCAAACAAAAGCUGGAAUCCCACCAAGGGGAUGAAGGCCAGUGGAAGGUGGAUGACCAAUCUAUAGAAGAUAUUGAGAGGCUGGUGGCUGAAUUCCCUGAUAAGGAAGUACAAUUGCACUUGAUCGAAGCUCAUGGCCAGCUGGUAAUGGAGACAUCAUCUCUUGAGGGAGCAGCUCUUGUCCAGGGAGAAUUAAAGGAAUUGAUGGAGUCUUGGAAGGCUCUGAAGUUGCUUGAGGAAACAUUGUUGAGGUAAACAGAUAUUUAAGAUUUUUUUCUUUCUAUUUUCAAACAUUGCUUGUGACCCAAUAUUUAGAAAAACAGAUGAAGUUAUUGGUGAU